UUAUUUAUACAGUUAUAUAUAUAUAUAUUUGAUAUCUUACUUGCAAUACUUGCAAGGGAUUGUUUAUAUUUGUAUAUUGCUAGAAUUUCAAUUAUUUUAUUAUUAUUUUAUUCUAACGUUUUAAUUAUUCUAUUGUUAUUUUUUACUACCUAUUUGCACCGACGAACCAAAGCAAAAUCCUAGUGUAUACCUGAUACACCUGGCAAUAAAUAAAGAUUCUGAUUAUUGUAUUUUCAUAUUUGCAGUGUAUUGUUGGUUUUGUCAUAUAUAUAUAGUUGUAUAUUUUAAUUAUUCUUCUCAUGUAAAAGCCCAACUAGGGACACAAGUUGAAAACUAUCAAUAGAAUAUAAACUAUCAGUUUCAUGCCCUGUAUUGGAACUAUGUUAAAUUGUCCCUAUGAAAAUAAAUAAUAAAAAUAAACCUCAAUUUAGGCCUUAAAUCUCCCACACGUGUCCUGAACAUUACUGUUGAGGACCUUACACUAAUCUCAAAACACUAGAAAUAUAACGUCGCUUCUCAUUGGUUGAAACAAACUGUCACUCAAAAUGAGCGUCCAAUCAGAUGCAGCAUUACAUGACAAGGUGGGCUGGAUCUCUUCAAUGUGUACAGUAUGCUGCUGAAACUGUUGAUAAUAUCACGGUUUAAAGCGUAUAUAAGAAGACUUCCAGCCAACUAGAGACUCGUGAACUCCUCUGCUGCUGACAGGUCAUCGUCAUUGCAUGACAAAGGCUGUGGCAGAUUCAUCUUCAUCACUUCAUCACAGCAUUUCCAUAGUUUUUUCUUCAGUGCGGUAGUACCAUGAAGGGUGGAGGAAGGGGUAAGGAGCCACCUGUUGCAGGGGAGGUCACUGGCAAGCGCCCCAAACGCAAAUGCCUGCAGUGGCACCCACUUCUCUCCAAGAAGGCUCUGGAUUUCUCUGAGGAGGAAGAAGAGGAGGAUGAGGAGGAGCUGGAGAAGCAGCCCGUGCUGUGUGAACAGGACCAGGGGUCGCAGGUGCAGUGUGGAAGCACAACGGAGGAAGUGGAGGAGGACUCGAACGAACAGCGGGCACGGCGGCCGAUGAACGCUUUCCUCCUUUUCUGCAAACGCCACCGUUCCCUGGUGCGGCAGGAACACCCUCGCUUGGAUAACCGCGGGGCCACCAAGAUCCUGGCUGACUGGUGGGCUGUGCUGGAGCCCAAAGAGAAGCAGAAAUACACUGACAUGGCCAAGGAGUACAAGGAUGCCUUUAUGAAGGCAAACCCGGGCUACAAGUGGUGUCCCACCACCAGCAAACCAGUGAAGAGCCCUUCCUGUCAGACGGUCAGCAACCCCCGCAAAAAAGUUUGGUCCUUCUCUUCCAACUUACCCAAGGACUCCACCACUGCCAAAAAAGUGCCCAAAACUGACAGCAUGCCUCAGUUGAACUUCGCCAUGGCAGAUCCUACAAAGAUGGGAGGCCUUAGCAUGCUGCUGUUAGCUGGGGAACAUGCCCUCACAAACAGAGAGAUCCCUUCCAGUACUAAACCUAGUUUACCGGACGCAGCCAGCGAAGGGAACUCCUUUCCAGGGGAUGAGGAAGAGAUGUUGUCUGGGACAAUACCGAACAGAGUGCCUGACGUUACUGAAAGCCGGGUUAAGUGUUCCCCUUCCCCCCUGGCAGAGUCCUCUCUCUCUGCGGCACCUGAAGGAAAACCGUGCAGACAGUCCGCUCUCUUCCAGCUGGCUGAGAUGUGCUUAGCGUCUGAAGCAGGAAAGAUGGACACGGUGGUCUCCGAGCAGCCCGAGGACAGCUCGUCUACAGCCUCUCUCCAGCAAGCUGCAGUCGAUCCAGAGAUCAAGGAGGAGAAAGCAGACGCUGACGACUGUCCUCCCUCCUCUCACACGACGGCCCUCUUACCUUUGCUCUCCUCCUCCGUCUCUUCUACCUCCACUGAUGCCAUUCCCCCACAACUCAGCAGCCAAAAUGCACGUGUCAAACCCAAGAGCAAGAAAAAAGAGGUGGCCAAGUUAAACGAUAACGAGGAGAUCUCGUGCCCGGCAAAGAAGAUCGUCAAGAAGUGUAACCAUGCGGACUCAAACGUGGACAGUGUCUUCAGUACAAUUGAGGCAGUGGCCAAAGGGGCCUGGAAGGACACCGAGGAGAAGCCCAAGAGGAAGAUCCAGAGUAGUACUAGUGGCGGAAACCUCAGCGUGCCCAAAAAGAAGAGCAAGCCCAAAGUCAAGACCUUGGUUAAAGAAAAAGAUGAGAUGGAGGACGACAGCGGGCAAUGUGAGCAGAACAGUUCUUCUGAGGUGGAAAUGAAGGAAGAGAUGACUGACGUUAGUCCCAGGGCAGAAGCAGAAGAAGCAAAUAUGGAAAGCACAGACCUUCAGGGUGGCGUGGCAGAAGCUCAUCACUCCCCCGGCAGCCCCUCACCUGCUAAGCUCAGAGAGGAAGACAAGGGGAAGGAGAGGUCGAGCGACGGAAUCUGUGACUCCAACGCGGAGUGCCUCGGCUCCAGGAAAUCCGAGCGGAGCUGUAAAGGCGCCUUGUACAAAACCCUCGUUUCUGAGGGAAUGCUGACUUCACUGAGAGCCAAUAUCGACCGAGGUAAAAGAGGUUUCCGUACUUCUGAUCACGAUGCAAACUGGAGUGAUGACAGCUGGACAGCGACUCAGAUAGGACCUAAUAACCCCAAGAAGCUGAAGAAGUCCAAGUCCAAAGAUGAAUGUUCACAGGGCCUCGGGAAACUGGAGGAGGAGUUUGAGAGGAAGUUUAACAGCCUGCCACAGUACAGCCCGAUGACAUUCGAUAAGAAGGGGACUGCUGUCGCAAAGAAGAAGAAGCCCGACAGCCCCGUCGUCCAAGAGGAAGUCCCUAAAGCUGGGAAAGGGUCAUCUCCAUCUCAGAAAAAGACUUCAUUCCACAAGAUUAGUAGGAAGCAAAAACAAAAAAAGGAGAAACCAGGUGCAGUGGACAAAGCAGUGGUACAGAGUGAUUCCACCAUGCUGGACUCAGCUUCAAAAGCCAAAUCAUGUGCACCCCCCGUUGCCAUAAUGUGCCCAGAUGUCCAGGGCACCGCUAGUAUGGAGAUGUUAGUUGGUAGCCAGAAGAGGAAGGCGAGGAAGACCAAGAUCACACACUUGGUGCGCACAGCCGACGGCAGCGUGUCUCCGGCCGAGGAGGACAAAACUAGGGACCCGAACCAGGAAGAGGAUAAGAAGCCAUUACCCCAACAGAAUUUAUGCAAUGAAAAAGGGUGCUACAGUAAUCCAGAGGAGACGGAGAGGAGCACCUCACCUCAAGAGCUACCUGCUUUCUUCAGCUUGGCGGCUCUCGCUGAGGUGGCAGCCAUGGAAAACGUUCACAGAGGCCAGAGAGGCUUGGCUGAGAAUCAGAAGAAAGAGCUGGCCCAGACUCCGGUCCUCAUCUCCUGCGCUGAUCAGUGAAACUCUGAUGCCGGUAUGAGAAGCCACAACAUGGACAUUGGCAGCGGAGCUUUACUUUCCUACACUGAAGGGAGACUCGAUCAGGAAGCUUUGGACAGACUCCACCUCAACCCCUGUGGUGAAUUUACUUUAGCUCGGGUUCACGGUGGGGGGUUAAGAGACCCUCUCCUCCUCCUCCUCUUCCCUGUUCCUCGCUAUCUCAGUGUUUCCCCCCCGAAAGCCUUCCUUUGGUUUGAGAGAGGAUGCCUUUCCUCUUACCCCCCCUUUAGAUGCUCUGUUUGGGCCUGUGGAAGAACCAAGCUGUCUCCCAGUGCAUGGCUUCCCUUAUACAGAUGGUUGUCAUGGGUUUAUCGUACACCGUUUUGUCAAAUAGAGGCCACUUUUAAAGGUCAAGUCUUGCGAUUUAAAAAAAAUAGCAUUUUAGGUAGGGCAAACAAAACCCAACACUGCAUUCAUUUUAUAGACGAACACAGCUUUCUGUCACCUUUUUACCUCACACACACGCCUACUGAAGAGUUCCCUCCACCUCUGGUAGAAUACCUCUGUAUUUGAAUAGUUUAUAUCCCUACCAUUCCUUCCAGCUUCAACCCAAAAUGACUUUAACCAGGGUAAUAUGAUCAUGAUGGACAGACUUCCAUUACCAACUACUUGCUUUAGUGUUUCCCUGUCGGUACACUAAUCUGGUGUACUCACAACUACGAAGAAAUCAUGGUUGAGUAUUUGAUAUGUAAGUUAUGAUGCUACUGUAAAACAGUAUGUGGUAGCUACAAAUAAUCGUGUUAGACUGAAUGUGUAAGAGCAGACCUGUGCAUACUUUGCAUCUGAACUAGAGUUGACUAUAUAGCUGAGGGUGUUUGUUGUCCUGCUUAUCCUUUAGUAGUAGGUUCACAGUGUCCUGUCGGGCUUAUCAGACAGCUUAGGUCAGCUUAAAAAACUCCUUCUUCUUGUGAUGGGGAGGUUGCGUGAAAGUGAUUCAAAUAUAGCCUUAACCCUCCCACCCGGACCUAGAACCAGCUUCUUGCUCAACGCCAUCACAGUCCUAAAGUCAGUGUAAACCUUUUUUUGAAUAGUGAAAUGCAGUUUUGUCAAUACUUGAUCUUAUUGCAGUUUUGCGUAGCAGUUAGAAAGGUUAAUUCCUUGUGUGCAACUUAUUUCAUUGAAUAGGUGUUUGUUUUUUUGUUGUUUUUUUAAUUACAUAAACACUGCACUAAUUUGUAGCUGAAGUUUGAGUUGCUGUUGGAAGGGUAAUAAGAUGCCUUGUCUCCACCAGUCAGUGUUCUUACGCCAUAGCCUCUCAGUAGUGUCUUCAAUGUCCUCAGGACCCGGCCACAAGCUCCAACAGGAAAACAUUAGAAGUUUGUUAAUCAAAGUAGAAUAUUUGUUUCAUGAAAUAGUUUUAUGCAUGUCUCAUAAAAUGAGCAAUUUGAAAAAAACACAAUACAGAAAUGAAAUAUUGAUGUGUUUUAAAUCCGACCAUGCAAUGCUAUGGUUCCUCACACAGCUAAUGGAGACAAGGCAUUUAAUAACAGAUUCCCCGUUUUUGUCCUCUCGGCCUUUGAGAUUUGAUUGCCAAGUAAUGGUCUACUCAGAGGUCACAUGUAAUCAAUGUUUUGAUUUUUAGAAGUAUUUAUAUUUAGAUGCAACGUUGUGUUUCUUUAUUUUUGGCUUUGUUUUUGUUAAUGUUUUGGUCCGAAUCAUUCCAUUUCCACGCCUCUACCUUUUUGUUUACAGCGAAUCGGCUGUAGUAGUGAGGGAAAAUAAGAUAAGGAUGCAGUUAAGGUGCGGGUUUGUUGUCUUCCCAAGAACCUGGAAGAGCUGAGAGCUACACAGACUCCCCCAGCAAUACCCCAUCGCCUCCUUACCAAGCAGCCUUUUUGCUCCUCUGUGUAGACCAAUACUUACUUCAUCACAUUUUAGAUUCACAUUUCUAACUUUUAUAGCUCUCUUUUGUUUUCUAUUUAAUCGUUCUUCUGUUAAAGAGUGUGCGUUUAUGAUGCUCUUUUAACUAGGUCCUCUUUAUGCUUUUUUUCCUGAGGUCAUGUUUACUGGAUUAAGAAUGUUGUCAAAAAAAGAUCAAGCUCAUAAACGAUGAAUGCAUCUACAGUAUGCUUACCUGCUAAGCAAACAGGCACUGAGAUAAAAUGCACAGUCUCUUGACAAUGAGCUUGUCUUUUUCACCUCUGGAGGUGUUUGACUGCGACUGCAUCACCGUUUUCUUGGAUGUGUUCUUUUGGACACUUAAUGACAGGAAAGACAGAAAUAAGAAAUGAAUGGGUCUUUGAGAACUCAUGCGUCUUGAAAUAGAGCAUUUUUCCUAUAUCGAGGCAUUGUUACGUGGUAAUAAUGUGUUGCUUAAGUAGGCCCUUUGUGUGCAAAUAGUACAGUACAAUGCAACAAAUCUAUAAUUCCUCUCUAAAUUUCUCCUUACUAUCUCACAAACUCUCUGCAAAUGUUUUCCCAGCUAAGCUCAAGGGAACCACACCAUGCUUUACGAUAAUCCUAAUAAUAAUAAAUGGUAUAUCUAUUUUUUCAAAUAUGAGAAAAAGUUACGUUAAGGAUGAUAUCAUCCAAGCAGUAAACUGUAUAGUUCUUCCACUGGUGGACAUCAGUGUAAUUCUUUGCAAAGACAAAGAAAUUGUCUUCCCCCAAAAUAGAGAUAUAUUUGCAUACAGCAAGUGAGUUUAUUGACAUUUGCCAAAGAAAAGGGAAAGGUAUAUUCAAAUGGAAAUCCUGGUUUUGUUUUGUUUUUCUUUAUUUUGUUUUGUUAAAAAAAAAAACAGAAAGCUGGCAUAACGGUUGCACUGCAUUUCAUAGGUGUGUAAAUCUUCAGGUAACAAUAUCAGCACAAUUCUUCCUGUGUAUCUAAUGGGAUUUCCUUGGUGUUUGAGCCCAGAGUUGGAAUGAAGUGCAACAAAAGGGCACCACACUCGAUGCCUCUUUUAAUAUACAGUAUUUGCACCUUAUGACCCAAACCAAAAUGAUCAUGGUCUUUGAAGAAAAUAUAUAAUUUUUACCCACUUUAUGGAAAUUAUGCAUUUUAACUAUUAUAUAUGCGAGAAUCCAGUCAAUAACAAAUCCACACAUCUACCAAACAGCCAUAAUAUACCGUCAUUUCCCCAUCCCCUCACUUUUUCUAUCUAGAAAAUGCUUCUAUAAAGUUUAAAUUCCUAUAUUAGUUACCUAAAUGACUAUAAUACCCUUUUGUGCUAGUACUGUCUUCUUGAAUGUAAUCAUUUUGUACCUGUAUUUUUCUAAUUCAGUCUUGAUUGUACUGUAUGUAUGCUAUGAUGGUAUACUGUUCCUUAGGUGCAUAGUUCGUUACAAACCGACAGUUCUCAUGACAGGAUAGCUGCUGUGCUGCGAACUCAAUGGAAACGUGUGGAGGUUUUAAGUCCAAAGGACUUACCGUACCGUGUGAGCAUCCAUGAGACUGAUAACUGAGAGAUUCUUGCAUUUUGAGUGGUGGGAGAAUAGUUUUCCCUGGUUUGCUACUUCUUUUUUUUUUUUUUUUCCUUUGCAGUAAAAGUGAAAGUCUGAUCAGGACAGUUUAUAAAACGAGGACGCUCCUGCAAUCAGAUAGAACAAUUGAAUGCUUGAGUUUCAACUUAUUUAUUACUGUUCCUUUUUAUAGGUUUUAGUUGAAUAAAAAAACAAAAACAAUAAAAUAUACAACUGAAUAUGCAUCCAUUUAUACAUGAACGUGUAUAAGAUAAUCUACCCUUUACUGGAAUGUAGAUCAUGGCUUCCUUUUGUUUGUUUGUUUUGUAAAGAAGAGGCUACGCCAGAUCUUUUAAGUCUCUUUUCCUCUGGUAGUUUGUACAACAUGUGCUUAAUCUAAUUCAUGCUACUGGUAAUCAUCAUGGCAGAUGUGGUUUUUUUGAUUGUUACAGCCCAGUGGUUAAAUGCAGCCUUGCCUUACUGGAACCCCUGCUUAGUGAGGGAUCCCUCAUACCUCCCCACCCGACCCCACCCACAACUCCUAUGUCAUAACACUGUUUGCUGAUGCAACUAUUAUUCCUUUUACACUUUCUGCUGACGCAACUAUUACUUCUUGAACACCUAUUAAAAUAACAUCUAUUGCA